AUGAACUCGUCUCGUCGCCUUGGCUGCCCCGUCCUUGAGGUUCAGUUCUACCAUGCGCGCUCUGGACAAAGUGUGCUCAACACGGGGGCUUACUUUGUGGACCACCUCGCCGGCGAUCGCCAACCGGCUAGGCCCGGUUUCAACUACAAGUCCUGCAACUUCUCCUUGCCUGUGCUCAUUUCUGUCCUCGAAGACGGCAAAGAAGGCAGAGACGGGAUGCUCACAGCGACUGGCCGGGGUAUAUAA